AUGACAACUAAGUUUGCCAAGCUAGAGAAGUUCGAAGGUGUCGACUUCAGGCGUUGGAAGAAGAAGGUGCACUUCAUGUUGAUUAUUCUGAAAGAUGCAUGCGUGCUGACUACUCCAAGACCAGUGGAGGCUAAGGAAGGUGUUGUUGACAGAAUUGAAGAGAUAAGGAGGAGACAUAAGUGGGACAACGAUGACUACAUCUCCAAAGGUCAUAUUUUGAACAGUAUGUCUGAUGCUUUAUUUGAUAUCCAUAGUGAAUCCUUGUAUGCCAAGGAGUUGUGGGACACCCUUAAAUUGAAAUAUAUCACCGAGGAUGCUUCUAGUAAGAAGUUUCUGGUCAGUAACUUUAACAAUUAUAAUAUGGACGAUUCAAAGUCUGUUACUGAACAAUACAAUGAACUCCUUGGCAUAUGCGGUCAGUUUAAACUACACCGGAUGAAUAUUGAUGAAUCCAUUGAUGUGUCAACCAUCAUUGACAAACUGCCUUCAUCCUGGAAAAACUUCAAACAUAACUUAAAACAUCAAAAAGAGGAAUUGUAUUUGGUUCAACUUGCUAGUCAUAUUUGUAUUGAAGAAUCUCUUUGUGCGAAGGAAAGUGACAAAUCUGGAAAAAAAAAAAAAAAAAGGAAAAGUUGA